AUGUAUCGCAUAUCAACACCCAUGUACGACGAGAGCGGCCAGUUGCUGCUGCAGCAGCAGCCGUUCAGACCCGAAAGCAAACCAGAGCGAUUUGCAUUUGUUGUAUCCCUUUCAGAUGUACACCUGAAUCAUGCACUGUACCUUACAAAUCUAUCCGUCCCUCGCAUAAUUGAUGCAUCACAAAAAGCGAAGCUCUUCUGCAGUUACAGCAUUGGAAACAAUACGCUCAACUCGGUUAAAUGGUACAAAGACGGCCAAGAGUUUUUUAGAUAUUCUCCGUUAACACCACCGACUAGAAACUGGUUUCCUGUAAAAGGUGUUUCCAUUGCUGCUGGUUCCUCCCAUUGCAAUCAAUUCAUUUGUGAGGUGGAAUUGGAAAAACUAAGUCCACAGUCCUCUGGAUCAUAUCGUUGUGAAGUUUCUGGUGAUUCGCCUGAAUUUAAAUUAAUAGGCGAAUCGUCCAAUAUGACUGUUGGUGUUUUGCCGAAAUUUGAUCCAUUUAUCAGCGGUCUCCAGCAUACCUACAGAUACCAUGAUUACAUCCAGUUGAAUUGCAGUUCGGAGGGGUCAAAUCCUCCGGCAUCUCUUACGUGGUAUAUCAACAACAAAACGGCCGCUGUUAAAUCCGUCAAACCACAAAUCAACGAAAUAUCUCGAACGUCGGAUGGUUUCCACUUAUAUUCCAGUAAUCUGCAAUUACUCAUAAACAUAGAUGACUCGCGGUUCAUAACGAAAAGUGAGGUUUUGGAACUGAAAUGCGUGGCCGACAUUAUGGGCAUACCAAGUGCACGGCGUGAAACGAAAGUGAGAGCCACAAUCCUCGCAUUGGCCGAUACCAGCCACAAGCAACGACUGCAAGGCCCGAAUAGCUCAGCCACUAGCAUUCAAUGUGAUGGAAUGACGGCACGUAAUGUAUUCAGUAAGUAUGCAAGUGUAAAUAACAGCACCCUCUUCGCUCACCCACCUCCCAUUACCAUCAUUUUCUAUUUGAACUAA